AUGGCAGAUGAGGAAUUGCCACCGAGUAAAUUGGGGACGAAGGGUCACUGGGACGAGGUGUAUGAACGAGAAGUGAGAGUGUUCAAUGAUGUUGGCGACGAAGGGGAAGUAUGGUUCGGUGAAUCAUCCGUUACCAAAAUGCGUAAAUGGGCUCAACGCCAUCUCCCCUCUUCUUCCGAGUCGAACCCAUUACGAAUCUUAGAAUGCGGUUCAGGUAACGGUACUCUCCUCUUAUCAUUCCUCACUUCAUCAUCACUCGAUCCAGAUGUUCCACCAGCCAAGCAGAAUUUCCACUUGACCGGGAUAGAUUACUGUGAAUCUGCUCGUUUACUCGCUCAAUCAAUCGAACAAUCUCGAAGGGAAAAUAUCCAAGAAGAGAUUGAACAAGCUUUGGAAGAUGACGAGGAGGAACUGGUCGAGAAUGAAGUUCAGUGCGAAUGGCGUACAGAAGAUUUAUUAAGGAAGGAUUUCAAUGGUGAACAAUGGGACUUAGUAUUGGAUAAGGGAACGUACGAUGCGUUGUGUUUAAGCUCAGAAGGCAUAGAAGAAGAAAAAGGUAGAUUACCUAGUCAGGUGUAUCCUGAGAAAAUAGCUUUGUUGGUUAAAAAGGGUGGUUAUUUCUUGAUUACCAGUUGUAAUUUUACCGAGGAGGAGAUCAAAGUGAGGUAUACGAAAGAGGGAUUAGGUUUUGAAUUUCACUCAAGCGUUCCUCACCCUUCGUUCUCAUUUGGCGGUAAAUCCGGUACAACAGUUUGUACAGUAGCAUUCAAGAAGGUGACAUAA